AUGACGUUUGUGGUGAUUUUUUUAGCGAAACUCAAUCGCAAAAGAAAUUUAAUUUCAAGUGUAUUUAGUCUCCCAAAAAAAUAUAACUUGAAUUUGAAAUGCAGUUCAAAGUUUCGGAAUAUUCAGAAUUCAUACAAAGUAAAAUAUUACAAAAAGAAAUCUAAUAAACAAGUCUCUCCUCUGAAACUAGAAACCAACCUACUGAAUUAUUUAACAACUGCGAAGGUGAAUUCAUUUGUUCCAUCUGAUUCGCGAGCGCGCUCACUGUUUCUUUCAUUUCCCACUGCAUCUGCUGCACACCGGGCUAGAAUUCGGAGGGUGAAGACGGCAGCUCGAAAGGAAUGUGCCUACGCCAGCUCUGCGACCGCGCGGGCGUGUUGGCUGUCAAAAGCUGCGAAAGCAACUUUCCACAAUUCACUUUUUGAAAGGUGUUGCAAUAUAGAAAUGAAAUUAAAGUUUUGGGAAGUGAUCUCUGGAGAACAUGGAAUCGACGCUACUGGCACCUACAAUGGCACAUCAGACUUACAGUUAGAGCGCAUCAAUGUGUACUACAGCGAGGCUUCCAUCGCGUCUUCCACCACUGGCGGCAAGUACGUCCCUCGCGCCAUCCUCCUGGACCUGGAGCCCGGCACCAUGGAGGCGGUGCGGCUGGGGUCCUACGGCCGCCUCUUCCGCCCCGACAACUUCGUGUUCGGGCAGUCGGGCGCCGGCAACAACUGGGCCAAGGGCCACUACACGGAGGGCGCCGAGCUGGUGGACAUGGUGCUGGACGUGGUGCGCAAGGAGGCGGAGAACUGCGACUGCCUGCAGGGCUUCCAGCUCACGCACUCGCUGGGCGGCGGCACGGGCUCCGGCAUGGGCACGCUGCUCAUCUCCAAGAUACGCGAGGAGUACCCGGACCGGAUCAUGAACACCUACUCCGUGAUGCCUUCUCCCAAGGUUUCAGACACUGUAGUUGAACCAUACAAUGCCACAUUGUCUGUUCAUCAAUUGGUGGAAAAUACCGAUGAAACCUUCUGCAUAGAUAAUGAGGCUCUAUACGAUAUCUGCUUCCGAACUCUGAAGCUACAAAACCCAAACUACAAUGACUUGAAUCAUCUGGUAUCCCUUACAAUGUCUGGUGUAACAACUUGCUUAAGAUUCCCUGGACAGUUGAAUGCUGACUUAAGGAAACUGGCAGUAAACAUGGUUCCCUUCCCUCGACUCCACUUCUUUAUGCCUGGCUUUGCUCCUCUUACAUCCCGAGGUAGCCAACAAUAUCGUGCUCUCACUGUCCCAGAACUUACCCAGCAAAUGUUUGAUGCAAAGAAUAUGAUGGCUGCUUGUGAUCCAAGACAUGGUCGUUACUUGACAGUUGCGGCAGUAUUCAGAGGUCGCAUGUCAAUGAAAGAGGUAGAUGAGCAAAUGCUGAGUGUUCAAAACAAGAAUAGCAGCUACUUUGUUGAAUGGAUACCAAACAAUGUCAAGACUGCAGUGUGUGAUAUUCCUCCAAUGGGCCUAAAAAUGUCAUCAACCUUUAUUGGAAAUACUACAGCUAUUCAAGAACUGUUCAAGAGAAUAUCUGAACAAUUUUCCGCCAUGUUCAGGAGAAAAGCUUUCCUUCAUUGGUACACCGGAGAAGGCAUGGAUGAAAUGGAAUUCACAGAGGCUGAAUCCAAUAUGAAUGAUUUAGUUUCCGAAUACCAACAAUAUCAGGAAGCAACAGCGGAGAGUGAUUAUGAUGAAAAUGGUGAUCUUGGAGAUGAAGUUGAGGAUGAAAAUGAUCAAAUGAAUGAUAUUUAAACUCUCACUUCUGUUUAAGUUUUCCCAAUGAAGAUGCAAAUCUUUAUUUUAAAUGCAUAGGGAUUUACAACUUCAUUUCAAAUGCAACAUAUUUAUAUUAUAAGUUAAUUAUUUUCUACCAAUCUUACUUGUGAACUGCAGAGCAUUAUCAUUAAUUGUAUAGUGAACUGUGAAGAAAAAUUAAUGUUAUUUCAAUAUUAUUUAAUGUUCCUUUAAGAUUAGAGCUAAACUAUUUUCUGCAUUUACUUUUUGUGCCUGCAAAACACUUCGCAAUGUAGUUCAUCAUUUCUCUCAUUUUUAUUGUUUGUUGUUCAGUCAAGAAAGGAAAUGUUUCAGAGUUUUGCAGAAAAUUUCUGCAAUAAUUAUUUUUUUGACUACACAUUGAAUUUCUUACAAGUAAGAGAUUAAUGUUCUUUUCAUAUACAUAUUUAUGUCUUGGAAUCUAUUUGUACUGAAUAAAGAUCGUAAUUUGUAUGACUGAGUUUUUUAUCUUUAUUAUUUAUUUAUUUUUAUGAAAACGUAAACAUACAUCUUGUUUGUUAUUGUAAAUACACAAAUCAAUGAAGUGCAUAUUCCACAACCAAAGAUGGAUUCAGAAACCAUUUCCCGGCAAUGAGGGACAAUUUCAGUUUCAAAUCCCCCAUAAAAGUUUUUUAAAGAAUUAUUUUUUUAAUUGUUGGCUUAAAAAUAAAAAAAUGUAAAUUCUUAGUGGUAAUGCUCCUUGGAUGUAAUGCCCAGUGUGGUAAUGAUUUUGAAUAAAAUUACAAAAAAAUAUGGAUUUUGAUCCCCCCUGGAUUUGCGGCAAUACACACAACUUUUAACUUCAAUUCAC